AUGCCCGUCACCGUCAUCAGCUCCCUGGCCCAAUUCCAGGAAAUCAUUAGCCGCGACAAGCCCUCCGUGUUCGACUUCUGGGCGACGUGGUGCGGCCCGUGCAAGCAGAUCUCGCCCAUCUUCGAGAAACUCGCCGAGCAGUUCCCCGGGGCCGAUUUCUACAAGGUCGAUGUAGACGAGCAGGGCGAAGUUGCCCAGGAGGUUGGCAUCCGUGCGAUGCCCACCUUCACGGUCUUCAAGAGCGGCCAGAAGGUCAAGGAGCUCGUUGGCGCGAACCCUGGUGCUCUCCAGAGCCUCAUUACUGAGGCCGCGGCGAACGCAUGA